AUGUCAAAUCUUACAAAGCUUGAAUUUGUGGCUCUUGAUAUGACUGGCAAGAACUAUCUAUCUUGGAUUCUAGAUGCUGAAAUCCACUUAGAUGCUAUGGGUCUUGGAGACACAAUCAAAGAAGAAAAUAAAGCAUCCAAUCAAGAUAAGGCAAAAGCAAUGAUUUUCCUUCGCCACCAUCUUCAUGAAGGAUUAAAAAUUGAGUAUCUCACAAUAAAAGAUCCAGUCGAUCUUUGGAAAAGUCUAAAAGAGAGAUAUGACCACCAAAAAAUAGUGACUGAUGCUGAUUUGUUAGAAAAAACAUUCUCUACUUUUCAUGCCUCAAAUGUGCUCCCGCAGCAGCAAUAUCAUGAAAAUGGCUUUAAGAAAUACUCUGAACUGAUUUCAUGUCUCCUUAUGGCUGAGGAAAAUGACGAGCUAUUGAUGAAAAAUCUUGAAUCUCGAUCAACUGGUUAUGCUCCAUUCCCUGAAGUGAAUGCGACAUCAUUUAGAAAUUUUGAUCGUGGUCGUAAUCAUGGACGUGGAAAAGGUGGUCAUAAUUAUCGCAGUCGUGGUGGUUACACAAAUUAUUAUUCUGAUAAUAAGAAUACCCACCAGAAGUGGAUGAAUAGUGAAGAGAUACAUGAAAAAGACAAAGGUGGUCAAAGUAAAAGGAAUACAGAAAAUGUUUGUUAUCGAUGUGGCAUGAAAGACCAUUGGUCACGUACUUGUCGUACACCAAAGCAUCUUGUUCAACUUUAUUAA